GUUAAACAUUGUGAUCAUGGGCGACUCACCGGAAGAGCGGCGCAGCAAGGAUGUCGUGCCAGAGACCGCCGCCAAGGAGGCGGAAACUGGCAAGGGCAAAAAGGAGAAGAAAGAAAAGUCGGCCGAGGGCACUAAGCCGAGGCCGGCAAGCAGCCAGCGCGGAUCGCUGACCAAGUCCCAUAUGGGCGUUUCCUUGCCGAUGGGUGCUCCGGCAGCCAAGCCCACCAUGCGGUUCAUGCCCACCUACCGCCUGGAGUCCAAGAAUCCGCUCAACAAGGAACGCGUGGAGAACAUCAUAAAGGCGGUGAUGAACCGACACUACAACGAUGAGUACAUGUUCCAUCCCAAGCAUUCCCUCCACAUGGCCGCGCAAGUGAGCGAGGAAAUCAAGAACCGCAUCAAACUCGACAACUACGACAGAUAUCGCUACAUAGUGCUGGUCACUGUGGGCGAGUUCCUGAUGCAGGGCCUCUACUCCAUGGUCAACUUCCUGUGGGAUGCUGAAAAAGACGGAUUUGUGACCUACAGCGUGGAGAGACCCUCGUACUUUGCAGUCUGCACCACCUUUUACCUGUACUACGAUUAAGAACGCGAUUCCAGGGCCCUGGCGCGUUCCACUUGCCACAAGAAAACCAAUGUAACAAUUGCCAAACCAAAUCAAACAGCAUAGACAUUUUGGAGCAAAUGCUACACGACGUUCUCUCUUCGGAUGGAAGACGGAUAUUGAUCGGGGAUCGGAACACGAUAUGGAAUCGCCAGCCACUUUCACGCACCCAGCGGCCAGAAACACCAAAGAACCUCUUGGAGAUCGAGGGGAACUGAAACUCAGCUGGAGUUAAGCACUUCGCACUGAUUGGGAAAUUGCACUGCAAACAACUUCUGGAGCCACUUUGCAAUCUUAUUUUG